GGAAUUUUCAAGAUGGAGGCGAUUUUCCACGAAAAGCAAGAGGGUUCUCUGUGCGCUCAACAUUGUCUCAACACUCUUUUGCAAGGACCAUAUUUUACGCCUGUAGACUUAGCAUCUAUAGGGCAAUCACUUGACGAUGAAGAAAGGCAAAGGAUGGCAGAAGGUGAUGUCAACUCUGAAGAAUACCAGAGAUUUCUCCAACAACCCUCCUCAAACUAYGAUGACAGUGGUUUCUUCUCGAUUCAAGUCAUGUGCCGAGCAUUAAGUGUAUGGUCACUAGAGCUUGUUCCUUAUUCWAAUCCAAGAGUUCAAGAUGCCAGAGAGAACCCACAAAAUCAAAAUGCUUUUAUUUGCAACCUACAACAACACUGGUUUACCAUAAGAAAACUAGGGAAUCAGUGGUUUAAUAUCAAUUCAUUGAAGACUGAACCAGAGUUAAUAUCUGAAACAUAUCUGUCAUUAUUCCUUACACAAGUACAAGCAGAAGGUUACUCAAUAUUCGUAGUCAUUGGUGAUCUACCACCAUGUGAGGCUGAUCAACUUCUAAGGUUUUGUCCUGCUAAACCAGUUAAAAAGCCAGCUUCAAAACCAGCAAAAGGCAUACAAAAGAGUGAUCUACAAGCAGCUCUAGAUCAAGUUCAAAGUCCCUCRGUAACAAGACCUGUUGAUAUUGAUGAGGUUAGACGAAAAAGAGAACAAUACUUCAAUAGUCAAUUAUCAAGUAACCCACAAUGCAGCACAAGUACAAGCAGUUCAAAGUCAUCAACUGAUGUUCAGAAAAGUGACAGUACUGAAGAAAUGACAGAAGAUGAAAUGCUACAAGCUGCUUUACUCAUGUCACUGUCUGAAAACCCUUCAUGACAAAACCACUAAAAUAUGAUCAAAAAAUAGAAUAAUGUUAUAUUCAAAUUGUACUAUUUACAAAGUAGUCUUUAUUAUAUUUUGUAGAGUGAUGUAUAAAAAAUAAGRCAGU